UCCCCCACCCUGCGCCGCCACCCGCCCUAUAAAUAGAGGCGAGGAGCAGCUGGGCUCUCUUGGCAGUCACCAUGAGGACGCUGGUCCUGCUCUGCUGCUUUGUGGUGUCGCUCCUGCCCCCAGGACAAACAGAACUGCAAGUUUCUGCUUCGGGUGGCACAGAAGAUGUUGGCAAUUUGUUGGAGAAUCAUUUCUCUGCUGGAGAAGCAAGUCUAGAGGAGAAGGAAAGGGCGCUUUAUGCGGAGGCGGCCCCUCGAGAGAAGACCCUGCUCCUUCACUCCCCGGAUGGCAGGGAGGCUGAGAGCUCGGAGCAGACAGCCGCUGGGGCCCCUGCCGGUGACGGCCCAGGCUCUGGUCCCGAAGUCAGCCUCUCCAAUUCCUCAGCCUCAGAGUCAGCUGCCCCUGGGGACCCUGCGGGGUCUGGGGAGGAAGAAGUGGGCCCACUCGGAGCCAGCACCCUUCCAACAGAAGGGGAGGGCGGGCCUGGAGAAGAGCUGGGGUUGGGAGAGGGCCCAGGACAGGAAGGGGCUGCCGGGGAGGCCAAAGGGCAGGCUGGGAGUGGCUUGGUCCCUGAGGAAGCUGAGGAGGUCCGAGGGGACCACCCUGCGCAGGGGGCAGCAGGAAGGACUGCACAGCCGGAAGUCUUGGGAGCUUCUCCUGGCAUGGAGGUCACGGAGGUCCACACCCCUGAGACACGACAGGAGGACAGCCCAGGGCCUGAUUGGGAGCCAGAAGUGCCAGAUGGAGUCUUGGACAUGGACACAGAAACCAAGAAGGGGGCCGAGGACCGGGGGGAGCCCAGCCCCAGCCCAGCCUCGGAGACCGGCCAUGCACAGAGCUCCGAGGCAGGGGGCGCCCAGGAGGACCACCCCCCCGAGGGCCAGGCACCAGGGCCAACCGAGGAGGGCCUGGACGAGGCCUCCUCUGAAGAAGAGAGUGGUGACCAUAGUGGAGGCGAGGAAGGAGGAGCUCCAUCAGAAGAAGAAUCUGAGGAGGAGAGUGGUGAUGGGGAGAGUUCAGAAGAAGCAGGGGAUGCUUCGGAGGAAGCCGAGGAACCCCAGGAAGCAGCGGGAACUAAGAGCCCUGGAGAUGACGAGGGGACCCAGCUGAGCUCCGAGGAAUUAAAUACAGGGCCCGAGGGGGACGAAGCAGAGGAGUCUAAGGAGGGGCCUCAGGAAGAGGCAGAGGAUGUGAGUGAAGAAGCCCCAAUGAGGGACCGCUCCCACAUUGAGAAAACUCUGAUGCUGAAUGAGGACAAGCCAGUGGAUGAUUACUCUGUGGUACUGCAGCGGCUUCGAAAGAUCUACCACUCAUCCAUCAAGCCCCUGGAGCAGUCUUACAAAUACAACGAGCUACGGCAGCACGAGAUCACAGGUACCCUCGUGGCUGAUGCUGUUUGCUUAGAGCCCCUCCCCCGUCCCUCUUGAGCUGUGUGAGUGGCGGGCGUGAGGACACGUGGAGCUGAGCUCUCCUAGAUCCCCCCCGGAGGCCUCGGUCCCGGGAUCAUCCUUCCCCUGCAAGGG